AUGGGUGACAACUUACAGUGUCCUCAGCAAAUGAAACUAACUCGUAAGAUAAACUUUAAAAAUUUGAAAUUUUUAGUUAAGAUAGUUUACUUCAUCCCCAGCCCCUCCAAAUGCCAGUCGAUGAGAAUCAGUCGCGUGUUCCUUCAGGUAUUGUACUUUUUGUCACCGAAGCGCCGAAAUUCUACUAGCAGAUAAUCUGCGAAUUUUGGCGGACGCUUCAGAAAAAGCGAGUCUGGGGGACUUUUUUUGUUCUUUCAAUACGCAAAGCAGUGGACUGCAACGAACUACCAGUAUUAAAGGUUGUCGCGAGUUUUUUUUUGUGAAGACUGUUGUUUUAAUUCUUAUAGAAGAAGUUGACGCGAAGUAUCCCGACAUAAAAUCGGACUUGAGCUCUCCAACUUCUUUCGAAUCGUCACGGCCGCUGAAACUCACACCAAGAUCUCAGCAGUUCAAUAAAGUUGAAAUGAGCGACCUUCAUAAGAAAGUGGAAGAGUUUCCGCAUAUGGUAUGGAUUUUGGAGAUAGAAAUUUAAAAAAAAAACUUAUUUUUCAUAUUAUUCUAGGUCAUCUGCAAGUUAUAAAAGUUCAUCGAAGUUUUUGAGCAGAGAAAUUUGAAUAAGAAAAUUCAUAGUGUUUGAACUUUUUGCAGCGUAAGAAGAUUGAUCAAAUUUUACCUCCUGUCCUAAGAAAUUCUCGUCAAAACUAUAAAAUUAUCCCGUACAUCAUUUUGUAGAAAUAUAAUUUUAAAGAUCUUCUCCAGACAGUUUAAUUUUAUAAUUUUAUUCUUUCACUUCAGAAAAGUCUGAAAAUACGCUCACUACUUCUUGUUUCCCCAGAGAGAAAUUUCAGAAGUCGAGGACAAAAAGUUUUGGAAAAAAUUUUCCACGUUUUAAGCAUUUUCCAAGUUGAGAUUUAAGAAUUAUCAACAAGGUAUUUGAACAUUUUUGGAAGUUUUAGAGCUCAAAGACAAAUUAUCUCCUUUGUAGGAAUAACUACUUCACAUAAUUACUACUAUUUUUUUUUCAGGUGAAGCGCCCAGAUUGCUACUUUUGUACCUUGUGCCAGAGAAAGUACAAAAACGAGCACACGUCCAAGGCUCAUAUCCGGAAUUGCCAUAUUGGUCGGAGGCGUUUUUGCACGGCCUCCGGGUGUUCUCAGUUCCGUUUUUCCCUAUUUCCUAGGACUACAAUAAAGAUUUUCUUUUUUAAUAUAGCUUCAAAGUAAUUUUCAGCGUCUCUGAAACGGUCCGCGAGCAUCAGGUUCAUCUCCGUGAGCACAAAAUCGUGCAAAAAUCAGCACCUCAUCAGCCACCGUACCAAAUGUUCGGCAGUCAGCUGCCCACUGUGAGCUGAUUUCAUUUCAUUUCAUUUCAAGUGUUUAUUCGCCAUUCCGCAAUCAGCACGACAAAUACAAAAAAAAUAAAACAUCAAGACAAUCAAAUAAAUCUAACAGCUGAUCUGUGGAAACGGCUGGAGGAAAAGAUUGUCUGAGUAGACGGUGCUAACCCCCAUUUGGUAUUUAAGUUUGUUCUUUGUAUUUUUAAUAAGUUAGAAUUUUUCUAGAUUUUAGUAGGAUCUAAGGAUUUUAAAAACGAUGUGUUUGAUUCGAACCAUGAGGUGAGCAUAAUCUGAAACUUGCCGAUUUCGUAUUCAAUGAUAAUUUCUCUCUCCAGUUGGUUCCAAAUGGGUAUGACUCUAUGAUUUAGGAAGCGUUGUUUGAUCAAUUCAUUCAUUGGUUGAACAAGUCUCAUUCCAUUUCCUCUGAGUUGAUUAUUUCUACUCGAAUUCAUCAUUAAUUUAACAGGCGACUCACUCCAAAAAUAUCCAUGAAUGUAUUUGUGAACGCAACAAACGUCUUUAAAAAGUCUUCUAGUCCAUAACGUCGAUAGUUUCAGUUUGGCUAAUCUACUGCGAUAAUCCAAUUUCGGAUAUAAUCUUUUUGGUAAAUUUUUCUCUGGACUGAUUCUAGUUGAUUUAUAUCAUUCAAAUUUAGCGGGCACAUUAGUUCGGAUCCGUACUCAAUGAUAGGCAAGAUUUUUGGCUUUAUAGCAUUUUUAGAAAGUUAUUUUGAGAGAAAUGAAAAACAGCGAAAUAAAUUAUUUAUUAUUUUCAUACAUUUUUUUGUACUACUAUACUCACAUGGUGCCCCCAUUUUUCAGAUUACUCGUGAAGAAGAAUCCCAGGUCUCUGACAUUUUUGUUUAGUGCUAAGAGUUUGAUCGUUAAUUUUGUAUGUACUGGGUUCUGUCUUUUUUCCAAACUGAACUAACAUGCACUUCUCAGGAGAUAUUGAUAGUUGACGGCCCUCUAACCAUUGGUAUACAUUUUUUAAGUCUUCUUGAAGUUUGGCUUUAUGGUUUGUUACAUUACUAGAUAAAUACAGUUUACAAUCAUCUGCGAACAUGCUCAAGUUACAGUAUUUAAUAACUUCUGACAAGUCAUUGAUAUAUACUAAAAACAUAAGAGGUCCUAAUGAGCUACCUUGCGGUACACCUGACGAUAUUUUUAUCUCAUUCGAAAUACUGUUACUGACUUUAACUUUUUGUGAUCUAUCUUUCAAAAACUCUUCGAGCCAGUUGAGUAUUACUCCCUUACAUCCGUAGGAUUUCAAGACUUCAAUCAAUCUUCUAUGACAAACCGUGUCAAAAGCUUUUUUAAUAUCUAAAUAUAUGACUUCAACGUAAUGAUUUCGAGUUUCCUCAAACAGAUAUUUUUGAAGUGGCACAAUUGGGAGAUAGUACUGCGAUGAUUUAAAAAUCCAUGCUGGCUAUCAGAGAUGAGCGAAGAUUGCCACAUGUAGUUUCUCAAAGCUCUCACCAUUAAAGAUUCUAAAACUCUACACGGGACUGAUGUCAAACUAACUGGUCUAUAAUUACCUACGUCGUUUGGAUCUCCUUUUUUGUAUAUAGGUACUACGAUUGAUUUUUUCCAAAAAAACUAGGCAACUUGCCCGAAUCUAAACUUUUUCCUGUAUAUCAGUGAUAAAGGGAGAGCUAUCGAUAUAGCUAGACCUCUGCAAAUUGAACUAGGUAAACCAUCAGGACCUGCUGAGUUUACGUUUUUAAUUCUUCUAAGGCACUCGUACACCACAUGAGGUGCGACAUCAACGUCCAUUAGAUUCCUGCUUGUUUUAGUAGCUAUGUUGAAAGGCAAAUUAUUAUCAUCUGUGAACACCGUCGAAAAGAAUUUAUUGAAAUGAUUGGAUUUCUCCAUGCUAUCUUUAAUAACUUCAUUUUCUACAAUUAGGUCUGGUAUUUCAUUAGGACUUGUUGAUUUUUUGCGAACGUAUUGCCAGAAAGCUUUCGUGGAUUUAUUUUCUCCUAAUGCCAGAUUUUCUAAGUGAAUCGAAUGAGAUUUCAGAGCUUGGGUGUACUUUUUGUACGAGAGUGAAUAUCGCACUUUAUUUUCUUCUGAGUUUUGUUUACGGUAUCGAACAUAGUCCCUCUCACACUUUCGUUUAAGUCUCAAAAUCCACUGAGGUUUCUUUUCGGUAUGAAAGACUUUUUUAGGGACAUAUUUUGUUAUAGAUUUUUGGAUUAUUUUUAUGAAGAUAUCAUACAUGGCCUCAACCGUUGAGCAAGUGCUGAAACGAUAAUUCCAGUCUAUAUAGGAUAGCUCACUGUUCAUUCUAAUGAAAUCGGCUUUUUUAAACAACAAAACAUUCCUAGGAGGUUCUCUUAUUAUGCGCUCUUCUAAAUUCAAGUUGCAAAUUAUUUUAUUAUGAUCACUGAUUGGAGAUCCUACUACAACUUUCUUAAAGAUGUAAGAGUUGUUUGUCAACACUAGAUCUAAUAUAUUAUGAUGCCUUGUAGGAUGCUUUACAUGUUGAGUGAGGCCGAAACUAUUGAAAACGCUCAAAAAUCGCCUACUUAGAGAGUCUGUCCCUAUAUUUUGGCUCCAAUCUAUGUUUGGUAAAUUAAAGUCUCCGCCUAUUAUAUGUGUUACCGAUAACCUAUCGAAGUUAUGGAUGUAGUUUUCAAACGUCUUAUGUAUAUGAUCAUUCCAUCCCGGUUUUCUAUAGACUCCUGUUAUAAUUAGUUUUUGAGUUCGAGAGGAAAAACUUCGACUGAAAUCGCGUUUAUAUCAAGCUCAGAUAUGGAAACAAGGAACUUAGAAUGCAAUGAUUUGGGAAUGAGUAUUGACACCCCGCCUCCUAACAAUUUUUUCCUGUUACUCGAGUAUACCAUGUGAUUUUUAAAAACUGGUAGAGAGAAUAUAUCAUCAUUAUCGUCCAUCCAAGUUUCAGUAAGAAUCCCUAUUGUUAGUGCAUUAAUUUCAUAUUCCAAAAUUUGCAAUUUUGAUUUUAAAUUCUUCAGAAAAAUAUAAAAUAUUCGAUUUUCGCCGUUGUUUUGAGAAGUUGAUGGUAUUUUGGCACAUUUCCAUUUUAAGCAAAAUAACAGUACUUGAAAAUAAUCCUGUUAUUCUAUAGCUAAUGAGAAAGCUAAGGUAUAAUAUAAAGUUUGGAACUUUUGAAACGCAUGAUUAAUUUUCUAUCGUAACACAACUGAAUUGAAUUUUUUGUUCCGUGAAAGUUUAGAGAUACAAAAAUGAAAAAACAUGUUUCUAGAUCAGUAAAAAAACUUUUAAUUGAAAUUAUGUACUAUUUUUCAGACAAAGAAAUUCCGCGACUGCAAAUGCGCCCGGUGUGUUCACCCUGAAGCUUUCGGACCUGACGACAAACUGAUAAAUAACUAUCUCGGAGAAGAGUCUCGAAGACCAGCGCUGAAGGAAAUUGUCAUACAAGGAGGCAAAAAAACGGCUUCCAUCUUGUUGCGCUCUCGUAACUUCAAGGUGAAAAGGAAAUAAGAUCUUCUUAUUUUGGAUUUCCGAGUUCGAAUGAAAAAAUUGGUCCAAAAUAAAGUUCCAUGGCUUUUUUUUCCUUUUGAGGCCUGUUUUAGAAAACGAUUUUUAGGAUAAAAAAAAACAAAAAUCAUCGCUAGCUUAGUUUUCUUGAUACGAUAGCUCAAAGGAUUACGGUAUUCCUUUUUUCGCAGGCUCCUCCGUCAACUGAAGACCUUCCUGACCUCGGAAAAGAGAACUUGUUCGACGAGUUGUCUGAUACAAACGUUGAAAAUGCGCCGAAUUUUGAAAUCAACGGGAAUCAUGUGCGUUUUUUUUAUAUUCGAUCAAUUUGAAACAAAACUUACCGACAAAACUGAGAACUUCUUAAAAAAACUUUAUUCCUACUUGUUUUUUUUCAGAUUGGCGAUUGCGAGAAGCGUUUCUACGCUUGUGAGAUCUGCGGCAAAGGUUUCACCGACUCUCUUCAGGCGCAGAGUCAUAUUUCUGGCCAUAAGUAGGUUUCGGAACAUAGAAAAGAAUCUAAUUGAUCCAUUUUGUAACGAAUAUUUUGAUGAAAACAUGUCCUGUAUGUUUUUGCAUUUUUGAAUGUGGAAGAAGGAAACUAGGCUACAUUUUUUGCUUUGGAAGUCAGUUAAACUAUUGUCUGUUCAGAUUUAGAAAAUCAGCUCAUCGCUUAAGCUCCGCCCCUUAUGUGUAGAUUAAACAAAUCAGCGAUCCAUCCAUAGAGCCUUGUUGGGGGCGGAGUUUGCUGCUAGAAAUUCAAUAUUUAAAAAAACUAAAUUCACAUUUUCCUAAAAGAGCUUUGUUUUUCUUUUUUUCCAUUUUUUCAUUUUCACUUGUUUUCUAGAAGUUUUACACCAAGGAUUCAAAACGGUGUAUAGUUAUGAUUUUUUUUUCAUCCUAUUUCAGAAACCGAAUGAAAACGAUGUUUCGAAAAUGAUCCAAAAUUCAAAUUUUUUUCGUUUCAUAAGCUGAUUUUUUUCAAGAGAGUUCUAAGAGCUGAUUCAAAAGUUUAGUUGAUUCCAGUCAUUUUAAUUUAUAUCAAAAGAAAAUUUUUCAAUCAGACCCAACUGGCUAAAAUGUGUUUUCUGCGGCUUGAGCUUAAAUGGACGGAUCGCGUUGCGGCAACAUUACAUGAGUGAACAUAUGGAUCAGAGCUCGUCCACGUUCACCUGUGGCGGUUGUUUCAGGUUAAUAACAGAGAUAAAAAGGAUUCAUACUCAGUUAUGACAGGAAAUAGGUGAAAAAGAGCGCAGUUCGCUCGAGAUAAUCAAAAAAAUUUCAGUGUUUAAGUUUGACAAGUUCAUUUUUUUGUGGUUUAAUGGGCUUUAGCUCCUUUCUUGCGCAAUACGAAAAAGCUUUUUCUUGAAAAAAACCUUUCAAGGGUCCCCAGCAAAACUUUUUAUCUCAUUUUCUUUCAUUUUCUUUUUCAUGUUCUUCAACAAAAAUAUUCGGGAAAACAGCUUGAAAGAUUUGAAAGGGCUCCAAGAGGCUAAUUAAAAGGAGCUGGAAAAACUUUUUUUCACAAAAAAAUUUUUAUUAGCUUUUUAGAGGAACCGUUUCAGCUCCCUUUCAAGGAUCCUCAAAGCAACAUUUCCGUUUUAUCUAUUUUUUUGUAAAAAAAUCAAUAUUAUAGAAACGGAGUUUCGAAAAAUAUUCAGUUGAAUUUAUUUCUUCAGCGUCUUCCCAACUCGAAUCCACUAUGAGCAUCAUCUUUUACUGCUUCCGGAAGCCCAUCGUUUGUUUUAUUUUUCAUUUUUUUGAACUUCAUCUUGUUACUGGAGUCGAUCAUAUUGUUUUAAAACAGAGAACAGUUGAAUUUUUACAAUUUUUGGCUGAAUUUGACCCUUUGAGGUAUUUCAAGUUAUAUUCUAAAAAAAUUUCUAAUACAAGUCUGUAUUUUUUAUUUUUGAAGCCUGCCACGUCAUGGAUUAUCGUCAGGACAUGUACUUUGACCGACCGAACAUUUCUGCGGGUUUUCAAGAAAAAAGAACUAGAAAAUCGAUAAGAGAACAUUUUUCAGACCGGAACCCUCCAGUCAACAUUUCUCAUGCUUCUGAACGCGUUUUGCCGGUUUUCAAACAGCAAAAUGGAGGAAAUCCUAGGGAUUUCAAGCGUCUGAUGGUGACGCCGUUGGGUGUCCGCAGCAUGGCUGAGAUUGAGAAGAAUAUGGUGAUUAACAGAGCAAAAACAAAAUUUGAGGUCGAAAGUUUUAUAGGCGAAUUCGGAAAUGCUGGAAAAGACUCCAUAGGAACGUUUGUUUGAGAAUGACAAAAGCUACUUUUUUUCUGUCGUUUCGCGCCUUUUCAUCGGCUUCUAUGCGCCAUUUUGCUGCCUCUCCCUUUUUUCCACUAUUUCUUGAGCCGUUAAAAUUCUAGAAAAAUUUAGAGACUCGAUAAAGGGACUAUUUUUACUGCUUUUCUGUGGCCUUUUUCGAGCCUCCAUUUUUGCAGUCAUUCCUACUUUGCCUGAGUUGGUUGUAAUUUCAAAAGUUUUGAUAAACCGAAAAAAAAACUUUUUGCAGAUUUAAAAAAAAGUGAUGAUUUUAUGCUUCAGAAAAGCUUUUUGAUGGUGAAAGAAAAGCCUCCGAGCACGAAGCCACUGUCAAAGGACCACCGAAAGACGGUCUUGGAAAUGUGCAAACGCGUGAGACAGAAGCCAGAAGAAAAUAUUCCCGAAAUCCGAAUUUACAAAAAAGCGCCUCCAGAAGAAGAAGACGAAGAGGAGGAGUUCGAAGUAGGAACGAAUGUUUGAAGCAGAAAACUUUGAUAAUCUAGCCGUACGGACGGAAGAACAACGUGAAGUGGGAUGAACUGUUGUGCAAUGAGGCGGCGGCUCGCGAAUUUCCAGAUUGGCCGGCUGGACUCCGUAAAGGUAAGGGGGGAGGAUUAAAACUUGUACAAGAAAUCCUCAGGAACUCCAGAGAGGUCCCUAUAGGGGAAACCUUAGGGGCCCUGGGGUUUUCUCCAGGGCCACUAAAAGUUGCAAAAGUUGUCUCUAUAGGGGUUUUAGUUAUUGGUUGCUAUAGGGGACAUGCUAGUCGAUAAUUGUCAGGAACUUUAAGCGAGGAAGCAUUUCCAUGAGAAAAACAGGAUAAAUAAGCGUUUUUUGAAUGAAAUUGAGAGAUCCCUAUAGGGUCCACUGAGCUUCAGAAGUUAGAAGCAGAAGAACAGUACCUCAACUUCUAUAUGAACCACUUUGGGAUUCCUAAGUCUGUUGAAAAAAAGUUAUUUACCCAUAUUAUCAGAAAAAAAAUUUCUUUUCUAUUUAAAUGGAAGAAAUGAAGUGAACCAGCUUAUUUUCAAAAAAAAAAAGGUGGACUAUCGAACUAUUUCGAGCACUUUACAGCACGGAAAGCUAUGAACUUUCUAUAUUUUGACUUCAAGUUAGAAAAAACAACUCUGCGAAUUUCACAAGCAUAGAUGGCAAGUACAGAACUCAUUCAGCCCGGAAGGAAGAACCUCACAAAAAUAUUGGAAAUUAAAAUCAUUUUUCAACCUCAAGGAGGUCGUCUAGGCCGAGAUAAUACAAGUUUUAGCCUCAGGGAGAUAGUAAUAACUUGAAGAUAGAAAAUCUUGGGUGGAGGUGUCGACGGCAUUAAAAAAUGGUUUGCCAAUGUAUGUUCACAAGGCAGCUUCGCAGGUGAAAAAUUAUCAAAAAAAGAACUCAGAAAUGAUUUUUCCGUCUUUUUGAAGGACUUUUUUUAAGGGGUCUUUUGCCUUCUUUUAAAAAAAUCCCGAAAAAGUUGUCUUGAAUUUUGCACACGCUCGUGGCUCAUUUCACUCAUGUUGCUAGAAUUCGACAACACUAAACGUCCGAAGGAGUACUGUGCUUUUCUUCGCGAGAAAAAUGUACGGAACGCCUUGUCCGCCGCCGCCGACGUCUCAUCUCGCUUGGGCCGAUCAUCCGAGAUCGGCCGGUUUUGA